GAAUUAUAUAUUUAUGUGUAAUAUGAUAAACUUGUAAUGAUGUCUGAAUUAGAAGUUACUGACUCAGAAACGUACAUAAGAGAAUGGUUUGUCGACAUUCUUCACCAGUUUCCUCAUGUGAAUUUUUCAUUCAAAACAACAAACUCUACAUUCAAUCCAGACAGUAUCAGUUACAGAGAGGCCAUAUUUUUCCUUUGUUCUCUGCCUGUGAUAUGGUGUGUUAUAUUUCUACUAUUGACAUCCUGUUGCCUAUGUCUUCAAUGCAUCAGAAAGCCACCACAAAAAACAGACAAAUCAACAUGUCUCAGGGUAUCGCUCUUCAUCAUCAUCUUCCUGUCCAUAGGUAUUUUAACGCCAGGUUUCUAUGGUAAUGAACAAACAAGUAAAGGUGUAGGCAGAUUUGUAGAAUCUGUACAGGAUACAAACCAAACAAUAACUGAAGCAGUGAACACGUUAAGCUCGCUGAGAGAUCUGGCCAACAGCAUCUCGGAGAGAAGUGUGCUUGCACUCGAAAAUGUCAUUCGUCGGUACACAAAUGAGUCGGUCAGGACACCACUGGAUGCACUCACAAAUGAUAUCAUUGAAGCUGCAAGGAAGGCAAGAGCUGAUGUGACUGCAAUCAGGCAAGCCACACCAAAUAUAACCCUGGAUUACAUAGUACAGGAUACAACCAGCUAUGAAUUUUACAGAUGGAUUGGAACUGUAAUAGCACUAUGCUUCACACUUGGAGUUUUAUUGCUGAUUCUGAUAGCAACAUGGCAGAAAUCAAAGUGUAUUGUCAUGUUUUCCAUAUUCAUUGGGUUCCUUACUUUGCUUGUGAUUUGGGGGUCAGCUGGUUUCUAUUUAGGUGGUGCUGUGGCUGGUGCUGACCUCUGCUAUAACCCUGAUUUGUUUGUGGAGAAUGUAACUUCACAGAAAGUAGACAGAGCCAUUUUGAAAGCCUAUAUUGACUGUCCGCUGGGAUCCACGGAGCCAAACAUGUUUUCGGACAAUAUCAAAAUGGCGAGAGAUGCAGUGACACAUGCCAAUGAUACACUGUACAAAAUACAGUCUAUUGUGAAACCAUUCAACAUUCCACAGCUGAUGGAGCCAAUGCGUAGGGUUGCAGAGGAACUAGAAUACUGUUCGGGUAACAUCACGGUGUUGGCAGAGGACUUAGACUGUCGUGAAAUACAUAAGGACUAUGUCAAGGCUGUCCAGGGUAUCUGUAACACUUCCAUGCUUGGUAUCAUAUUUAUUUUGCUGUGUCUGCCCGUGUCUGGUCUGAUGUUCAUCCUCACUAUGUGUCUUCUACCGAGGUUCUGGAGACUCAUUGGCAAGAAGCGUGGCUAUCGACCAGUGGACGAUGCUGAUCCAUUUUGUCCGCGUCCUCCACCUUACAAUGGGUAUGGCAGUAUACACCCGGACAUCGGGUCAUCCAACAGUUUUCCUAACGACCGCUCAUACAGUUUGAACCAGGGCCCUGAAAGUGAAGUACUUCCUAUGCACGGACCUCUGGCUGAGACACCUCCACCAGCAUAUCGGCCAACAGGAACCUUUGUAGAGAACUACAAUUUUGGUCCCGGGAGGUCUCGCUACUCGAGUGACACCUAGUGAAACAGGUGAAAUCUAAAGGGAGAUAAUCUUUAUGUCAAUAUAAGGAUCUUGAUAUCUACCAACGAAAACUAGAAAAAGAAAAGAUUUCAUGAUAUCAGCAAUGAAGAGUACACGUUUUGUAUUAUGAAAUGGUGUUCUUUUUAAACCGUGAACUUUUUGAUUAUUGCUCAAUAUGAUUGUCUUCAUCAUAUUUCAUAUAAAAUUACAUAAACAUAAACCAUAUGAUCA